AUGUUCUUUGUUCUGGCGCACCUCUUUGUCCUGGUGUACCUCUUGGUGAACCUCUUUGUGAUCGGCGACGGCCAGUACCACACAGAGGAGAGCAUCGCGCAGAAGGCGCGCACAGGCCCGACGUGCCUGGUUUUGCACAGAACUGGACAGUCGCUUCUCAACACGAAGCAGUUGGGAGUGGUCUACAGAACCUUGCAAAAUCACCACUCAGGCGACAAGUCUUUCCUGCGCCGGAUUGCGAGCGCAAUGACCUCCUCUACGGCGACAGGAUGGCUUUGUGGCACGUGCCGAAAAAUGAGAUCGCCCAAUGCGUGGUACUGCGACCUAUGUGGAAGCUCUUGGGAAGAAUGCGCUGUUCCUACAGCCAACCAGAGCAGUUCUACAUGGGCACAGCCGAACAAGAAACAAAGAGAGAAGAGCCAAAAACAAAGAAGACCAAGAUCGCGAAAGAAGAAUCACCAAUGGGAGCAACAAGCACCCUAUGGUCAAUCGAGUUCAUGGGGAGGUGGUCCAUGGUCCACGACCUAUGUCACAGACAAAGGGCAGGGCAAGGGUGCACAACAGAUGCAAGUUGCUUCACCGCCGCCGCCGCCCCCUCCAAUGCUGGCGCCGGUACCUGCACAAUGUCAUGCACCAUGGAUGCCACAACAGAUGCCACAGCAAUUGCCCCAUAUGAACAUGAUGCCCUUCAUGCCGCCUCAGUUGGAUCAACAGGUGAUGCAGACUGUUCCACAGCAGGCUUCUAUGAAUACCCUAGACGACUAUGAGGACAGCUUGAAAGGGAAAGUAGAGCUGGAGGAGUUCCUGCCUCGCACCCACUCCCUCGAAAACGAGCAUUUGGCGCCUAUCUUCUACAAAUGGCCGAAACGACCCCUGCCAGAGCAACCACCUGAAGCAGGCCGUCACCAAGCCCCAAGAUCUUCCGCUGGCAGCUCAAGUCACAGACACUUCCUGGACAGGAUCCUCCCUGAUGACCUGCCGGCGUACAUACAUCAUUUGCAGACUCUGUGGAGAGACGAACUUUUACGACUUCCAGCAGAACAGCAAUAUCGAUUGAGAACAUGGUACAUCCACCACUUGCAUCAGCCCAAAUGCCGUACGCCAAGAGCUGUCAAGCUCACGCAUGAUCCAGAGUCAUGGCAUCAGGGUCUACUUGCAGCUUGGCGAGAUCAAAUUCAUGAUGAUGAUCUCCUGACUAUUGCUGUGGUAUUCCCUCGUGUCCGAGAUCAAAACCCGAAUGAACCGACACAGGCUGAUGUGAUGCUGAUCCAAGGCCAACAAGAUGGAGCACAUGCACUUCGAGGAGGAGUUACCACAGUAUACCUUCCUGGAGAUGAUCGCUAUUAUAUUGGAGCUGCUUCCUAUGCACGACACCUCAGUGGGAUUGGCAUCCUUGAGGGGGCAGAUGCAGCCGAUCUGCUCCAAACCCAUGCAUGCGACAUCUUUCAUGGAGGUACUGCAAUACCAUCCACAUCGACUCCAGUGCAUUGGACAAUGAAUGGUUACUCCUUUGUCGCCGUCUUCCAUGACCUCACCGGCUCGCGCGCGACAUCGUCGACGCAACGUGAUCCGAGCACGGAGAUCGCAAUACCGUCUCCUGGUCUCUCGCAACCAGCGCCAGACGAAGGAGGAGAAGAAGAAAGCCCACGAGUCUCGACUUCAAGUUUUGACGAGGAAGACCUACAAGGCCUACAAGUUUUCAGACUUGGACAACCCGGACAACAACCUGGGCACCAUUGCUUUGUCAGAUGGAGAUCGUACAACAUGAUUCUCUUUGACACCCUGCACUCCCUGGGCAUUCACAGAGACCGGGCAAGGAUUGCAAAGAGGUUGCCAAGAUUCCUGAGCCGCCCUUCCUUGAUCAUGCAGCUGCACCUACAGGCACCCUGUGAAGACAGUCCUGAUUCAUGCGUCUUCCAUUUCAACAAUGACUUGUGGAGUGAUGAUGACCUCUUUCCACGUGAAUUGCAGCAUGGCACAUAUUUGCGUGUAGACGUCACGGCAGAUCCACCAACAAGAGCAUGCGCCCCAGCAACGUCCUCACGGGUCGAAGUCCCUGCUGGACCCAGCAGACCUGAUCCCCGCGGUGCUGUUGGGUCGACUGAUGUGUCAUCGUUCAUGCAAAGGUCUCCAACAUUGACAGAUGAUUCAAAAUUGCUCAUGAGCCACAGUGCCACCUUUCCAAGCCUAGCGGGCAGACAGGGGCCUGGUACUGGUCGCCAUCACAACUCAAGGCGAAUUGUUCAAGAACAGCACCAUUCAUGGAUGCCCCAAGCCAAAAUGAAGUUCCGCGAGUGUGCUGCAGUUGAAUUUGAUGAUGAAGGUCCGGUACUUUAUUGGACGACUUGGUUUCUUCAUCACCAACGCUACACAAAGAGUUUUGAAUCGCGCAUUUUGCGCCUUGAUGCAGCACAUCGUUUCUGGUUUGAAGAACUAUGCAAUCUUUGGGUGGAUGCAAUGGACCCAAAUCGACCUGCCAGAGUUGCUUUUGUGCACCCAUCACCACCAGAAGCAGAAGACAGUCAACAUGUGGGACAUCUCAUCCUGGUCCAAGGACAAGGAGCAGAACAUCCAGUCCUCCUCACCGCUCUCUUCGACCACGCAGUCCACAGACGCGUCUGGCAUUUGGCAGCUCUACAGCCGAACUAUGUGAGUCAAGAUGUCAUCUUAGAAGAUCUUGGCAUUGCACGAUGGUGCAACACUAGGAGGUGUCGACUGCAAGUUGGAGACGUACAUCUAGGGCCCUUGGAUCUUGUCCAACUGCAAGAUGGAGAAAGCAUUGUCGUCACCAUCUCAAGCAUGCAGCAGGUGACCACAGAGAAUGAUGUGUCCUCCCUCAUGCAGAAGCACAUACAGAUUACGAGGAAAACACCAUCAGAUAGUCCCAGACAGCUGAUGCAAGCGGCACCCCAAGCGAGUUCUACAAUGCAGAGCUGUGGAAACUCUCAAUUGAAUCCCAAUGCUCCGGCAUUUGACCCGCGACAGCCAGAUCUACGUACACUUCCAGAGUUCCAAGCAGAUCUAUGGGCUCAUUGGGAUCAGGAGGCUUUCGCCUGGGAGGAUGAAGAACGGUCAUGUACUAUACUUACAUGGUUCGUUGAUCACACUUGGCAAUGGCCACACUGCGAUCUACCUCGAAGACUACAGCUCUACGAGGACUACCAGCAAUGGGAAACCCACAUCCUAAACAGAUGGCAGGAUGUCAGAGACCGCAGUGCCAAUUACGAGAUCUAUGUGGUAGACCCCAGACCACCAUCGCUGGAUAAUGACAUCGCAGCCCAUGUCAUCAUUAUCCAGCGACCUCAUGUGGCUUGGAUCACCAACUUGGCCACCAUCAUAGAUGAGACACAAGCACAACAGCAACCUGUUGGCCAAAUCGCCAUCACUACGCACGAACACGUACGAGCCGAGAACAUUCUGAUUGCCACAUCGCUUGAAAGAGUUUGCCUACAACCACCUGCUCCCCUACGGUGCCAGGUUUGGUUUCAAGGAUUCCAACUCCCCAUGGGCAUUCUGUUCCCCGGUCGCAGUGGCACAGGCAUCGAGAUUCAUCUAUGGCCAGUCAUGCCGGCGAUCCCCCAAACUGAAGGACACAGUUUGCUUCAAAUCCACAGCAGCAGACGCAGAGAGGAAGAGCGCCAAACAGGCAGUGCGGUGGCUCAUGCCUGCCGGCCUUCCCCUGUCAAACUACAGCUGUCAGACCUCCUCGAAGAUGAUAAGGCAAGCACUUUUGAAGGCCGUUCUUGGGGAGUGAAGCUUCAGUCUGGACAUGAGGAUAUUGUCGUACCAGAGUACAUCGAAGUUCUUCUGCCUGCUGACACUGAAUGGUCUUGUGUUGAACAACGUCAAAGAGCUCGUGAUCGUCUUGCAGAAAUCGCAGUACCACCAUGGAAGACGGACAUCGAACUCCAUGAAUUAGCUGUGAGACAACAGCUCCAAAAGGCAGUCCAGCUCGAAAGUAAGCAGACCAAAUCAAGACCCAAAAAGGCCUACGUUGACGAUGCGAUCUGGAGCAUUCGUAUGAAGCUUCUACAACAUCGCAAGAGGCUCAAACAAACCCGGAAGGGACUUGCUCGUGUGGCUGCCAAGCUGAAGGAGUUGGCCGAGGCCACUCCAGGCAGUCCAGAGGCCACUGGGCCACUGGGCUCGGGAUCGAAGAUGAUCAACAGGAGAUUUCAAGGACUUUGCUGCAUGGAGGGCUACCCUGCAGAAGCCCACGAUGGACUGAUUUCCUGCUUGCAGGUGGAUGAGGAGGCACGUCCCACCUUCGCAGACCUCGCUGAGCACUUUGAGCAAGUCAUUCGCCUGGAGGCCCAACGUGCUGAAGAGCUGGCCCUUCACACGGCCCGAGCACGUGAGGCGGAAGAGGCGAAGAAUAAGAAGGAGGUUGCAGAAGAGAUUCCACAGGAGGAGGCCAUGAAGCUGCUCAGUGUGCUGCUGGUGCCCGCCUUAGCCGUGCCGUCCUGCCUGAAGGAAGGGACUCUGGGGAAAGAUCCCUUUCUUCCAGCACCCAGCAUGUACGUGGCCAAUUGGGCUUCCUGCGCUCAGAACUGCGAGAAGAGUUUGCUGUGCAAAGAGUUCUCCUAUAAGGAAGAUACGGCGCCCAGUAAAGGCGGAUGUUGGCUCUUCAACAAGGCGAAUGUCAACUUUGAUGAGGAUGCCAAGGCUGUGACAGGCGACAAGACUUGCCAAGACACUGAGGCCAGCGCCGCCGCCGCCGCGGCCGUGGCCGCCGCAGCGCAGACGGGUCCGGCGGCGCUGUCGGACGCGGCGGAUGCCACGGUGGAGGGAGCGGCGGCGAGCAUCACACCGGAUGGCGGGAAGCAAAAGUCCAUGCUAGCCGGAUCUUCUGGCCAAGAUCAUACCGUUCUCUACUGCGUGCUUGGUGGAGCGGCUGCAGCCGCACUGAUCGCCGCCGGCGGUUACGCCAUGAUGCCCGGGCAGAAGGCCCGCAAGAAGCGCACGCGCACGGCGCCCGCGGCGCCCGCAGCGCCUUCCCCGGAAUCGACGGCGGAGGAAGCACCGGCGUUGGAGAUGCAAGCGCCUGGGGCUUAUCUGUUGCCACAGGCAGGCUUCGUACCCCAGGCCUUCCAGUACUCACAGGGGCAGUACAUGGCCUACCAGCCGGGAACAUUUCAGGCCUAUCAACCAAUGGCUUACCAACCCAUGGCUUAUCAGCAGCCCAUCAUGGAGCCCACGACCUACAUGCCCACAGCAUAG